AUGACUUUCGGCGAAGAAUUAAUUAUUCUGGAAGCCCCUCAGGCUAGAUCCACCAACGUUCAGUUCAUGAACUUCACGUCAGUUAUUUUAAUGGAGAAUAAGCUGAAUAUAUCUACGGAAUAAUUUAGUAAUUUUAGAGCUCGAGCAUGGUCUCAUUCCACCAAAGAUCAUUUCCACGACGAAUGGGGAUUCUUAACAGUAGAUCCAAAUGGAAAUGCGACCUUGAUGACAGCAGGAAAUAACGGAUUCACAACCUAUGAGGUUGGACAGGUUAAGACCAAAAGUGUUCAACUGGUUCUCAAGGAUAUUGGGAGGAUAUCUUUCUCCAGAGACCUUCCUGUUGAGGAUGUAAGGUUUUGUAAUAAAGUUUUCUGGAUAUUGUGUAACACAUAAUCAUCAUUUUUUUUCAAUUUCAGUUACGCCGAACAUUUAUAAUGCACGAUGACACUUAUAUGGAGCAGAUCAUCGAAAUGAGAACGGCCACACAUCCAAAGACGGGUUACCUCGAGCACACUCGAGUCGUUUACACCAAACACUCAUUGUAG